CGCCUGGGCCACCCGAACCUACAUACGAGGGGCGGAGGGAGACACGGGGCACGCACACCCCUCAAGCGCACGCACACUUACUUUUCCCAUUUUACCCGGGCAGGCGGAGUUGAGACGCAGGACUUUCCCGCGCUGGACAGGGCGUGGCCGCAUUGGCCUGGCCCUGCCCCCCCCCGUUCGGCCCCGCCCCCCCAGGUUGAUGGCAGCAGCAGCUGGGACAGCCGCGGAGCCCGCAGGCAGCUGAGAGCCGCAGGCAGCGGCCGGAACGCGCGACCCAGUGCCCGGCCCCGGACGCGCCGCCGACGCCUCCCUCGGCCCCCCGCGUACCCCGGCCCACUCCACAGAGGAGUCGCCGCGAGAGCACCCCCGCCCGGCUUAGGACCAGUUGGCAGGAUCAAGGACCAACGCGCCUCUAGGCUCUGCAUCCCCGAUCUUUGCUCCAGCUAUGAGCCGGAGAGUGGUUCGGCAAAGCAAGUUCCGCCAUGUGUUUGGUCAGGCAGCAAAGGCCGACCAGGCCUAUGAGGACAUCCGGGUAUCCAAGGUCACAUGGGACAGCGCCUUCUGUGCCGUCAACCCCAAAUUUCUAGCCAUUAUUGUAGAGGCUGGAGGUGGGGGUGCCUUCAUUGUCCUGCCUCUGGCCAAGACAGGACGUGUGGAUAAGAACUACCCACUGGUCACUGGGCACACUGGCCCUGUGCUGGACAUUGACUGGUGCCCACACAAUGACAACGUCAUUGCCAGUGCUUCAGACGACACCACUGUCAUGGUGUGGCAGAUUCCAGACUACACCCCCGUGCGCAACAUCACCGAACCUGUCAUCACACUCGAGGGCCACUCCAAGCGUGUGGGCAUCCUCUCUUGGCACCCCACUGCCAGGAAUGUCCUGCUCAGCGCAGGUGGUGAUAAUGUCAUCAUCAUCUGGAAUGUGGGCACUGGGGAGGCCCUGCUGAGCCUGGACGACAUACACCCUGACGUCAUCCACAGUGUGUGUUGGAACAGCAAUGGUAGCCUGCUAGCCACUACCUGCAAGGACAAGACCCUGCGAAUCAUUGACCCCCGGAAGAGUCAGGUGGUUGCGGAGCGAGCCCGGCCUCACGAGGGCGCCCGCCCGCUGCGGGCCGUCUUCACCGCAGACGGGAAGCUGCUCAGCACCGGCUUCAGCAGGAUGAGUGAGCGGCAACUCGCACUCUGGGACCCGAACAACUUUGAAGAACCGGUGGCCCUGCAGGAGAUGGACACAAGCAAUGGAGUGCUCCUGCCGUUCUAUGACCCCGACUCCAGCAUUGUCUACUUGUGUGGCAAGGGUGACAGUAGCAUUCGGUACUUUGAAAUUACGGACGAACCACCCUUUGUGCAUUAUCUGAACACUUUCAGCAGCAAAGAGCCGCAGCGGGGCAUGGGUUUCAUGCCCAAGAGGGGACUGGAUGUCAGCAAGUGUGAAAUUGCCAGGUUCUACAAGUUACAUGAACGAAAGUGUGAACCCAUCGUCAUGACCGUACCUCGAAAGUCGGACCUGUUCCAGGACGACCUAUACCCAGAUACGCCCGGCCCUGAGCCAGCCCUGGAAGCAGAUGAGUGGCUAUCGGGUCAGGAUGCAGAACCUGUACUCAUUUCGCUGAAAGAAGGAUAUGUACCCCCCAAACACCGCGAGCUCCGGAUCACCAAGCGCAACAUCCUAGAUGCGCGUCCGCCAGCUGGUCCCCGGCGCAGCCAGUCAGCCAGUGACUCCCCCUUGUCGCAGCAGCACACCCUGGAAACACUGCAGGAGGAGAUGAAGGCCCUUCGCGAGCGAGUGCAAGCCCAGGAGGAGCGCAUUACUGCUUUGGAAAACAUGCUGUGUGAGCUGGUGGAAGGCACGGACUAGCCUGGCGUAUUUGCUGCGAAGCUCUGCACGCUGCAGAUCCGAUGGAGCAGGGCGCACAGACUGGCAUCGCCAACCUUUGGUCUGGAACUCCGUACCCUGCUUCCUGGGCUUGGGGUUAGGGGUGAGACCAGAAAAGAAACUCCAUCCCUCGCAGGAGGCCUGGACACGGGGAUCUUAAGUGGCAAGGACUGAGCUCUGUACUAGGCCCCGACUUUAGACUUUACAGGAUUAGGCCUAGAGGGAGCCUGGGAUAAUGCCGGCCUUAGUAACGGUGCCUAGUGGUGAGGUGGUGUCCCUCUGUCCCUAGCCCUGGGCAGGGGAAAUGCUUAGCGUUAGUGAGCUGCCUGGGGCUGACCUCACAUGGCUCUCAACAUGUAUCCCCAGAGUCUCAGGAAAAUCCCCUCAUUUCUCCUAAUAAGCUCACUUGAUUUCCUCCACAGUAUGUGGGGGCAGAUGGGCAGCACCCCAUUUCUAUUGCUGGCAAAGCCUGACCCACUGGUUUCAUCCAUCCCAUCCAUGGUACAAGGCUCCCCUCUUUUUCCCACUUCCAAAGAUGGCAGCUUCUUGGAGACAAACAUACCCCACCAGAGAAAUCUCAGGAGAACUGGCAUAAGGUCUCUCUCUCUCUCUCUCUCUCUCUCUCUCUCUCUCUCUCUCUCUCUCUCUCUCUCUCUCUCUCUCUCACACACACACACACACACACACACACUGCCUCCAGCACUCUACUGAGUCUAUAAAAAUACUGAGGCAUAAUUGAUGAAAUGAUUUACUAAGUACAAGUCUGUGCCUCCUGCAUGGACGGCUCCCCCGCCCCAUUCCCUCUUUUGGAAUCCUAGGGAACCCAGCAAAUGCAAGCUGGGCUGAGGACCCGCCAGGCAGCCUCUUACCCUAGGUCAGCCAUCUUUGCAUUGAGGUUCCAAAGACCCCACCCACCGCAGGCACUCCUCCCCCAAUAAAAUUAGGUAGGAAAAUAUCUGGUUU